AUGAAGACGCCAUUAUCAUCAUCGCUCUUCUUCCUCACUUGUUCGCUUUUCGCCUCCGCCGAAUUCCGUCGAUCGUCCGUGUUCGAGACGACGAAUCGCCAAGACGGCGACAAGAUUAUUUUGACGGCGCACGGCAUGGGCAUUGACGAUGUGAAUCGGGUUGUUAUUCCGGGUAGGAGAGCUGGGAAAGUGGCCAGUGGGACACUUUGCAACCGGGACGGACGUUUUGCAACUAAUCCUAACUCGAAAAGUUUGAGUGGGAUCCGUUUAGCCAACUAGGGAGAAGGGCUGAAUGCCAGAAGUGGCUUGGUUGCAAAACGUCCGACAGCUGCAAUCUGACUGGUUGCAAAGUGUCUAGAAAGACGUUCUGCAACUAAGGGACACUUUGCAACCGGGGCGGACGUUUAGCAACUAAUCCUAACACGAGAAGUUUGAAUGGGAUCCGUUUAGCCAACUAGUAAGAAGGGCUGAAUGCCAGAAGUGGCUUGGUUGCAAAACGUCCGACAGUUGCGAUCUGACUGGUUGCAAAGUGUCUCUAGAAAAACAUUUCGCAACUGAGGGACACUUUGCAACCACUUCUAACUCGAGAAGUCUUACUUGUUAACUAAACGGAUCCCACUCAAACUUCUCGAGUUAAAAGUGGUUGCAAAGUGUCCCUUAGUUGCAGAACGUCUUGUUAGACACUUUGCAACCAGUCAGAUUGCAACUGUCGGACUGGUUGCAAAGUGUCUCUAGAAAGACAUUUCGCAACUGAGAGACGUUUUGCAACCAAUUGCGCCUCAAAUUGAGAAAUUGCAGUUGCACAGUCUCUUAGUCUCUGCAGCAAAAAAACACUUUGCAACCAGUGUUGUCGUAACUGUAACUGCAAGACGUUUUGCAACCAAGCGCAGUUGCGAAACGUCUGCCUAGACCCUUCCCUUCUUCAGUGCACGACGGCCGAAUCCCGCCGCUUCCGUGCGUGACGUCGAACGCGGGAACGCAUCCGCACGGCUCCACAUUCACGAAGAACAACUUCCACUACACGUGCAACAACGGCACCGCCGAAGUCGUCGGUCAGUGCGCCAACUAUCAUCCGAUUCUCUCCAAAAGUGACAUUCAGCGUGUCUCGCCGACGACGGAUCGGUCAUCCAGCUGGGACGGACGUUCGUGCGCGGCGGAAUGAAGCACUAUUGUAGCGUUCUGGGCGACAAUGUCACGUACAAACAGGAGAGCAUGUGCUACGAAAACGGAAUGCACUACAACGUGGGCGACUCGUUCCGCAACGGAUCCUUCAAGCUCACUUGCAGAGAACAGGGCGUUUAUGUGGAAGGUGAGCGUCCGCCAACUUUUGAGCGAUGUAUCUCGAGAAUUAUUGUAGAUCUGAAAAAGUGGUCAACUGAAAAGUUGUUCACAAUUUUAUUCUCUACAACUUUGUAGUUGAUCGUUUUAUUGGAAAAUGUCUCAUUCUAAAGUUAAAAGCCAUUUUCUAAACAGUCUGUCGGUUUGCUUCCAAUUUCCUCUAAGCACUCUAUCUCGCUGACUAUUAUAGAUCUGAAGUAGUCGUCAACUGAUAAGUUGUUCAAAAUUGCAUCUAGAACAACUUUGUAGUUGAUAAUUAAAUUGAAAAAUGCUUGGCUCUCAAGUUAUAGGCUCAUUUCUUGACGAUAGACGGGUUGCCAGCCAAAAAGAUUCUCUUGCAGGCUGCUACAUGCAGAACAGUUUCAACGAUUUGCUGAUGGCGGGCGAGUCGCGAAUCGAGAACGGAAAGCGUCACGAGUGCGAAAUAAUCGGGCCCGGCAAAGUUCGAUACGUCGUCAAAAGUGAGUCGGUCGGUCGGGGUCACACGGUGGUGCUCCGCCGCGGAGCCAAGAUAGUGAAUGUGUGCAACAAGUGUAGUGGAAGUGGAACUUUGUGCUUUUUUGCAAAUUUUCAAAAAAUUUUCAGUGUUGGGAUGUAUGCACGAGGGACAACAGUACAGCACCGGACAAAUGUGGACGCAUCAGCACGUGCGCUAUCAGUGCAAAAACGACGGAACUCUUUUGGUUUUGGGUGAGAAAACGCUCGUGUUUUUCCGUUUCCACGAAAAUGGUCUUAAAAGGGUCUAGUUGGACACUUUGCAACCGAGGCAACCAUAUUUGAAAACCUAGUUGCAAACCGACAAAAACGUCUUCCAUUUUGCCAUUCGAAAUUGCGUAAGAAUGAUGAUUUUCAGCGAUAAAGGUGUAAAGCAGAAUUUUUUAUCUUUUUUGGAAAUUUUUUCUAUGAAAUGUGAUCAACUGACGAAAUGUAGAGCAAAGUGAACUGUGCUCAUGGAAAAAUAAUUGUAAAUUUAGCGUUUCAUACAAAAAAGUUAUUCGAGAUGUUGCGUGAAAAAAGGGCUAACUUUUUUGUAUGAAAAGCUAAAAUUACAAUUAUUUUUCUAUGAGCACAGUUCACUUUGCUCUACAUUUCGUCAGUUGAUCACAUUUCAUGAAAAAAUUUUCAAAAAAAGAUAAAAAUUCUUCCGUGUUCUUUACACUGUAAAGUUUGAUGAAAAAGUGAGAAAGAGCAGCGAACAAAGUCGAGUAAUUCCGUGAUUUGUAGGCUGCAUCGACGAGGAUCUGUUCAUCGAGUUGGGCCGCGAUUUGCUGAUGAACGGAGCGGCGCACCGAUGCUAUCAGGUCAACACGACCGUCUUCUAUCACAAGUGAGCAAUUUGCCGUUUUUUUUUCGGUUUGAAAGUGCACAGUUUUUGACGCUUCUCGGAACGUUUGAAGGCCUGGCGAUUAAAUAUUAGGCGGGGAACGUCUAAAGUAGUCCCCCAGUCAACCUAGAGGAUCCUAGUUCCCACUGGACCACCCCAAACCCGUGACCAUCUUUUUGUGUGCAGAUUCGCGUGCGAACGAUCGUCGCUCGCCGAGUGCGUCUCGCAAUCGAUGCAACGCCGAUUCAGAAGACAUCCGGAGCAACGUGGAUGA